AUGUCUUCUACCACAUCUAAAUUAGUGUUGGGUCUAUCAUGUGCAGUAACUCUAGGAAUAGUUUCAUAUGUACAUAUUAAACAACAAGCAGACAGAGAGAAGAUGCAUGAAGGAGUCAUACGAGAUACAGAAAGACAACAGCGAAGAAAAAUUGAAAACUUGUAUAUAUUAGAAAAACAAAAUGAAUUAACGAAACAACUUAAAAAAGAAAUAGAAAAUUCA